UUAUGGUUUCCUGGGCGAACUUGUGUCUCUUGUUCAGGUUCAGACCACAUCCGUGAGAAGGAUGGUCUGUGGUCGGUGCUGGUGUGGCUGUCCAUCAUGGCUGUCAGGAAACAGGGCGUGGAGGAAAUCGUCAAGGACCACUGGGCCAAGCUCGGACGCAACUACUUCUGCAGGUUUGACUAUGAAGGCGUGGACCCCAGAGCUGCAUUCUACCUGAUGAGAGACUUGGAGGGGGUGAUCACAGACAAGGCCUUUCUUACCCAGAAGUUUGCUGUGGGGACUAACGUCUACAGUGUAGAGCGGGCUGAUAACUUUGAGUACAUCGACCCUGUGGACGGAACCGUGGUCCGCAACCAGGGUCUGCGGAUCGUCUUCACUGAUGCAUCCCGUCUGGUCUUCCGUCUGAGUGGGAGUGGGGGAGGGGCCGGGGCCACAGUCCGGAUCUACGCAGAGAGCUUCGAGAGAGAUCCCGAGAGACAUAACAGAGAAACUCAGGCGGUGCUGGGUCCCCUCAUCGCCAUUGCCCUGAAGAUCUCUGACAUCCACGAGAGAACAGGACACCGCGGCCCCACCGUCAUCACCUGAGCUCUGCUCCACCGCACACACACACACACACACACACACCUGAGUGCUCCCCCCCCACAAAACACACACAUCUCUGAGGCCACCAUGUCCUGCUUGUUGCCACACCUGGGGCCAAUAGCAAGCAAGCGCUAUUCACUCUCUAUUUAUCUCAACAUUUUAAAUAUUAUUUGGUCUGCAAAGAAAAGAAGCAAGCUGUGUAUUUCAGCAGUUGAUAAGACACCAAUUGUUAAUAUCAUGCCUCUGUUUUGAAAGUUUUAU